AUGCUUUGUCCGAGUUUGGAGCGGCUCCUCUAUGAAGGCUUUGCCGACGUGGCCGCCGGGGGAUUGGUUUCGGGUUUGGGCAACGGAACGGAAAUAGACAACGGAAAUGUGGACAACGGAAAUGGACAACGGAAACGGGCAACGGAAACGGGCAACGGAAAUGGACAACGGAAAUGGACAACGGAAAUGGACAACGGACAACGACCAAGGGCAACGGAAAUGGGCAUGGGCAACGGAAAUGGCAACGGAAAUGGCAACGGAAAUGGCAACGGAAAUGGCAACGGAAAUGGCAACGGAAAUGGCAACGGGCAACGGAAAUGGAAAUGGAAAUGGAAAUGGUAA